AUGACCAUCCUCACCGGAGUCCUCGCCUACUCAGGUGAGGCACUAGCUCGCCCAGUAACAGCUUUCUUCGCGCUGUCUAUCUUGUUUAUUACCCUCUACCUCACCGGCGUGGUCAUCUACAAUGUCUAUUUCCAUCCAUUAGCGAAGUUUCCCGGGCCUUUUUUUAUGGCUGCAUCACGCCUCCCAUAUUUACACAUGGUUGCCACUGGCAAUGCACCCCACCUCACCACAGCCUUGCAUCGCAAGUAUGGCUCUGUGUUCCGGAUUGCACCAGAUGAGCUCUCGUUUGUAACCGAAGGCGAAGCUUGGAAGCGAAUCUAUGCAACCAGGCCAGGUCAUGGCCAAAAACAGAAAGAUCACAGAUUCUACCAGGGAUCUGUCGAUGGGCACCCCAGUAUUCUUCUCUCUGGAGAUCAGGAUCAUGCAUUUGUUCGUCGUUCGCUUUCGCAUGCAUUUUCCGAUAGUUCGUUGCGGGGCCAGGAGCCUUACAUUCAGAACUACGUCAAUCUUCUCAUUCACCGUUUGCGAGAAAGAUCUCACAAAGAGGCUGCGCCCGUCGAUCUCGUCUCCUGGUACAACUUUGCCACAUUUGAUAUUAUUGGUGAUCUUUCAUUUGGCGAACCAUUUGGUUGCCUCAAAAACUCCGACUAUCAUCCAUGGGUAAGCAUGAUCUUCGAGAAUGUCAAAGCUGGCACAAUUUGUCGGGUGAUCACUCGUUUGCCAGGAGGAAGCACUCUUCUUGGUUUGUUCGCACCACAAAGCCUAAUUGAUGCCAAAGACAAUCAUGAGAAAUUGACGGUCGAAAAAGUCGAUGCGAGAGUAGAGAAGUCUAAUGACCGUCCUGACUUCUUCGCCAAUAUUCUCAAACAUCAAAAUACCGAGAAAGAGUUUCCCCGUGGAAAGCUCUAUUCCAACGCUAGUUUUAUCAUUGUUGCAGGUUCUGAAACUGUCGCAACUAUCCUGGCUGGGACAACGUAUCUCUUGCUGAAAAAUUCGAAAGCACUUGCCAAAAUCCAACAUGAGAUUCGCACAGCUUUCAAAUCAGAUGAUGAGAUUAAUAUGGACUCCACCAGUCAGCUGCGAUAUACACAGGCUGUUAUCAACGAGUCGCUGAGAGUUUUCCCACCGGUCCCGAUUGGCCUACCGCGAUAUGUUGAUGCUCAAGGAGACAUAAUUGAUGGACACUGGGUACCCGCAGGUACGGUCGUUUCCGUCGCCCCUAUAGCCACUUAUCAAUCCGAGACGAAUUUCAAGCGUGCGGAUCAGUUCAUCCCUGAGCGUCAUCUCGGCGAUCCAGAAUUUGCUUCUGACAACAAAGAUGCAAUGCAACCUUUCAGUGUGGGCCCAAGAAACUGUAUUGGUCGAAACCUCGCCUAUGUUGAAAUGCGCUUGAUCCUUACCAGGAUUAUCUUUAACUUCAAUCUGGAGCUGACAGAGCCAGAAGUCGACUGGCGAGAUCAAAAGUGCUAUACUCUUUGGACGAAGAAGCCUUUGAUGGUCAAGAUCAGUGAGAGAGAUAUGGACCAACCGGUGGCUUAA